CAGACACAAGGAGAGGUGGGUCAUAAAUAUGUUGUUGUUGUUGUUGUUGUUGUUGUGAUGAUGCUGAUAGUGAUGUGCCUGGUCCUGUGGAGGGCUCUGUGCAGCCAUGCUGCCCUGCCCCAAGGCUGCGGGAUGGGGAGAAAGGGGCAAGCAGGACAGGGCCUCCUCUCGGCAGUUCUACCUUAAGGGGCUGCUUGACAUCAGCCGAGUGGGCUGGCCUCGAGUGGGUGGGAUUUCCUGCGCGGAGAGGUCAGCUGUUCUCCCUGCCUGCCUGCCUCUCUUCUCUCCCUCCCCCCGCUCUCUGCCUCCUUCCCUCUCUUCUCCUCCUUCUCCUCCUCCUUCUUCCUCCUCCUCUCCCCCUUCCCCCCCAUAUAUUCCCCCGUCUUCUGCUCUGCCUCGCGUGGGGCCCACCCUCUGCCUCCUGGCGCUCGCCUCCUAGGGAUGUGGGAGCUACAGGAUGCCCGGCAGCAUCGCGAAGGGCUGGAAACCCACCAAGUACAUCCCGGUCUCCACGGCGGCUGCCUUGCUCGUGGGCUCCACCACCCUCUUCUUCGUCUUCACGUGUCCCUGGUUGACAAGAGCGGUCUCCCCAGCCAUUCCCCUGUACAAUGGGAUUGUGUUCCUGUUUGUGCUUGCAAACUUCAGCAUGGCAACAUUCAUGGAUCCUGGGGUUUUCCCACGAGCAGAUGAAGACGAGGAUAAAGAUGAUGAUUUCCGAGCACCACUCUACAAGAAUGUGGAGAUUAAAGGAAUCCAAGUACGGAUGAAAUGGUGUGCCACCUGCCAUUUCUACCGGCCUCCACGCUGCUCCCACUGCAGUGUCUGUGACAAUUGUGUUGAGGAUUUCGACCAUCAUUGCCCAUGGGUGAAUAACUGCAUAGGACGGAGAAACUACCGGUAUUUUUUCCUUUUCUUGGUGUCCCUGAGCGCUCACAUGGUUGGGGUGUUUACCUUUGGGCUCAUCUUCAUUUUGCACCAUGCCGAAAAGCUGGGAGCUGUGCAUACUGCCAUCACCAUGGCAGUCAUGUGUGUGGCUGGGUUAUUCUUCAUCCCCGUCAUUGGUCUCACAGGUUUCCAUAUUGUUUUAGUAGCCAGAGGACGCACAACCAAUGAACAGGUGACUGGGAAGUUCCGUGGAGGAGUAAAUCCUUUCACGCGAGGAUGCUGCGGCAAUGUAGAACACGUUCUCUGCAGCCCUUUGGCGCCCAGGUACAUUGUGGAGCCAAAAAAGAAGCAGCCUGUUACGGUUAAGCCGCCUUUCCUGAGACCAGAUAUAGCAGAGCGGCAGAUCACAGUGAAGAUCAGCGACAAUGGCAUCCAAGCUAAUCUCAACCGGAGUAAGUCUAAAGUUAGCCUGGAAGGGCUGGAAGAGAAAGCCAUGGAUAUCCAACCUCCUCUCCCACCCAAAGGAGAUUCUAGCAAAUACAGCGAGCUGGGCAGCAGUGAAGAGAGUGGCCUUUCCCCCAAACUGAUCAGCCCGCCCACACCAGCGAUGUACAAGUAUCGCCCAGGUUUCAGCAACAAUCCAAAAGUCCACUACCAUGGAGCGGCUGAGCAGGUCCCACAGGAUCCCCUGACCUCUUUUUAUACUUUUUGGGAGUGUACCUCCCAGAAGCUGGUUGGUGGAUUCUGGGAGCUCCAGUCCGACGAGAUCUCCAUCCAAGAGGGACACAAGCAAGGCUCUGUCAUAGAAGAGAAUGACGGUAGCUUGGAUUACCAGUCGGAACCCAGCCUUGAUAUCCCCACCUACCGGAAAAGUUCCCUUCACAAGACCUACCAGUCUUCUCCGCUGCAGAUAGACUCCUUUGCUGUCAAUUCACGGUCUCUGAGCCUGAAAUCUGCCAGCAGGAGGGGAACAGACAAGAUGCCCCUCCACGCCCUGAAGUCUGAAGGAACGGCUUCCACGCCGUACAAAAGCAUCUUUUCUCCCCACUCUCUCUCGAACAGGAAUGGCAGCCUGUCCUACGACAGCUUGCUCAACCCCAUGUCCCCCUCCGGGAGGAGGUGCAUGGCCCAUUCCGCCAUGGGCUCCGUGGGCUACCACUCGCCAUAUUUGUCUGCCAAAAUGUGCCACCUGCGGGGCAGAGAGCUUCAGCGUCCUCCUCCACAGAGCUUCAGUCCUGUGCUGGGCAGCCCAGCCCCUCAUCCGCGGGACCCUUCCCCAGUCCGUUAUGACAACCUGUCGAAAACAAUCAUGGCGUCUAUUCAGGAGAGGAAAGAAAUUGAGGAGCGGGAGAAGCUCCUUCACUCACACCCGGACUCUGUGUUUGCAGACUCGGGUGUAUAUGACACUCCAAGUUCUUAUAGCCUUCAGCAAGUGAGCAUGCUGUCGGAAGACCCCCGUAGCAUUGCCAUGAGGUAUGGCUCAAGGGACAAUCUUAUGUCGGCCGCCAGCUUUAGCAUGAGGAACCCUGUCCUGCAGGCCUCUGUUUCUUCUCUCUCGAGUGCAAUGACCAGGGCAUCAAGGACUUCCUCACCGUCCAUCCAAGCCGAUCUAGCCAAUAACAAUGUCCAGGCCCAUCAGGCACUACAGGGCAGGAUGAGCAACGGCGCCUACAAAUCUCCCAGCCACCAAGUCCCAUCGUCCCCGAGUGGGAUGACUCGGUCACCUUCAUACGGAGGCCCCAAAACUGUCUCAUUCGUUAAUACCAUGGAGAUAACGGAGGCACAGCCCAUGGGGACUCCAAGAGAGGACAUCCAGCUGAAGGCGCCUCACAGUAAAAUUAAUGGACAGCCCAAAGGGAUUUCCCGAGUGGAAUGCCGGCUGGGCUCAACGUCGAGCUCCCAGGGUGCUCCCGUCAGUCCCGCUCGACACGCAAACGUUAAGAAAGUGUCCGGAGUGGGCGGAACCACAUACGAAAUUUCAGUAUAAGAAAGUCCAUCGACUUAAGAGCCAUCCGCAAACCCAGCCACCAAAGCUAGGUGCACUGUGAAGAUUCAGAGAAUAAGGCCAAUGAGAAGACAAGUCGGAGCAGCAGCAGCUGAUGGCGUCCUUUCCGUAUUGUUUCAUGGUGGUUGGGACAUUCCCCCGCCCUACCCUUUGUCUUUUAAAGACCAACACUCUUCGAGUUUCUUUCUCUCUUUGUUUCUUUGGCCCAAACCAGCUGCAGCCUUAUUCUUCGAGGAAUCGACUUUGUACAGCUCUUUCGAGACUCUCUGGAACGGACAGACAGGGACUGGCCACACUGUCUGCUGAACCACGGCACCACCAAUGUUUGGAAAUCGGUUUUGCGAAAGAGAACAGGAAAAGCCGCCGUGUGUUUGUCUCUAUCCGCCAAAGCCUGCCGUGUCGAUGUUGACGUGCUGUGGUCAAAAUGACAGCUUGUCCGGACUUGAAGCGUUUCCACUUAAACCCUCGAGGUUUGGUGGCCAAUCAUAAUGAAAGUGUUUUAUUUUCCAGCCCAUCGUGAUAAAAAAUCAGAUCAUUUGGAGGAAGUGUAUAAAAGUCCUUUUGUAGAUGCUGAGCAGCGUCUGAUCCAUUUCAAAUGGGGAAGGAGAAUCCCAUGCACACUCCUUUGCGCAUAGACAUCUCUUUCUUCUGUUGGAAUGAAUGGGGAAGCCUGCAUAUAUGGGAAGGUCAUGCACACGCGUGUGUGUCAAAGAGAAUGCCAAAUAAUUCCUCUUUAGAUAAAAAAACCCAGUGAGCCUUUGAAAUUUUGCCCGUCCUUUUAGAGAUUGUUCUACGGGCAAUGCAAGGCAAAAAGUCUAAUUUUGCGAUUGUUAUUCAUUGCCGUUUGUAUAAAAGUACGCACACAACAAGAGUUUAUCACAGUUAAGGAACAUCUGUCCAACCUUGGACUGAUUGAGAUGGUUUUUAAAAGGCCUACUGUGCUAAAAAUGGGGAGGGAACUCAAUAUUCAGAUGGUAUUAUUAUUGGUAUUAUUAUUAUUAUGAAUCACUCUCCUUCCUCCUCGUCCGCUAUUGGAGAUGGGCUGAAAUAUGGUGUAUCGUCUUGCACUGGCGCAAUGUGUAUAAUCGCAACGUGAAGUAUUCUGAUCUGUUGAAAUCUACAGUGUGUGUGCGCGUGUGCAAAUGUGCGUGAGUGUCGGAUUAUGUGCGUGGUUGCCAAGCGCAGGCUUGUAGGAGAUAUGUGUCGUUGCCUGCCUGACUUUCAGUGAGUUUUUCUGUGAGCCCUCAAUAUUAUGAGACAGCUAUGUUCCAACGCUCGUGUUCACUCUUUAUCUAAUUCGCUUUGUGAGAAUCUGGAGGCAAACAUCCCCAAGCAAGUGGUUGACAAAUUUUCAAAAAUGUAUAUUUUCCAAGACGUGGGGGCAGUUUGGUUUUUCUCUCCUUUUGAUGGACACAAACGUGGACACUUUGGCGGAGCAGGUCGAGAAAAGUAAGCGAUCAAAGCAUAGCAUCUAGGCACUUGAUCCUUAACAUGAUUGCCUAAAAAAAAAUCAUUGUAUGAUCGACUUCUUUGUAUAAAUUGCCCUCCCAAUGGCAUUUGAAAAGUGACAUUUCAGAGGAUCCGAAUGCCGAGUGUUUAAUUUUGUCACCAUUUCAUUUUAGCCCAAAUCCGUUGCCGCAAGAUGUGAGCUGGUGUGUGGACGUGUGUGCUUUUUCGGAAAUGUUAUUGACUGCUGGAGGCUGAUUUGGAUUGAAACUCCAGUGUUGGAGGGCACUUGAUUCUGCAGUUAAGAGCAUUCAUUCCUCAGGGGUUCCCAUUCACUCUCGGAAGGAAACAAACAUCGGACUGCGGGGUAAAUGUCAGCUGGAGAAGUCAAGUAAUCAGAUAAAUACAGGGUGAAAGUUGAGCUUCUUCCCUUAGCCGAGACGUUUUGUAAAGUUGUGUUCUAAUGUUUGGUCUGAUCCCCUUUCCAGCCCUCUGGAGUCCCCUAGGUGCCCAGGCUUGCUUCCUUAUAUUCUGAUGGCUUUCUGGCUUUUGCAUGGCUUCCACUCCAUUUCAAACAUCUCUUCUCAGCCUCAGUUACUGGCUGUAAAAAAAAAUCAAAGCUAAAAUAUGCUGCUACUUUAGGUCCUGUCCUUUUACCUUGGAGAAUUUCUCUGCAAUUGAAUUUGACCCUUGGAUUGAAUGAGGUUUUCUACCUCUGAUUUCAACUCAUAUUGUUGGUAAUUGACCACAGCCAGCUUCCUGCACUCGCAGACUCGUAGAUGAUGAAUCGAUGAGUCCGUGAAUUCAGGACGCUGGCUGUGGCCAGUCAAGUUGGAAGAGACCCCAGAGGCCUGUUUUUAGGCCUGUUCCUGGGGUCAUUUGGGAUGCUGAUUCAAACAAUUGCAUUGCAUAGACCACAUCAGCUCUAGAUUAUUAAAUAUGUUUUUCUGUGAGCAAGCAGAUGGUGACAACUGGUUGGCAUAUGUUCUGCAUCAGAAACUAGACCUGAUGUGGUCUAUCCAAUGCAAUUUUCUGAAUAACCAAACCGAAUCAGAAGUUGACCAAAGACUGAUUCGUAACUCUUUUGGUACUAAUGUUGGACAGUGGUCCCUGGUCAAUAUAAAGAUUGGGAACCACUGUCCUAAAGGCAUCUGAAUGAAAGACCACCAGCAAAACCUUCAGUGUUUCCAUCCAAUUUUUGUCAGGCCCAAACCAAUGCCAUUGCAGCAUUUCCACCCAUACAAAGAGAUUUUGAAAGUUCACCAUGGUUCUUAUUGCCUCCCCAAGUUUUGUGCUUUGAAACAAAACAAAGCAGCGACAACAAGGAAUCCCCCAGGCCUGGCAUCUCCGACAGUGACACGUUUCAUGAGUUAGAAGCUUUCCUGGUCCAGAUCCAACCGCUGCUCUGCAGGAGCAUUGAUUGAUGUUCGGAGAACAAACAUAGGACUCCAAUCUUGCUCUGCUUUGAUUACUCAUUUGCUUCCAAUUUAACAUGAUAAUAUUGGCCUUCAAAAACUCCUAAAUGGCUUCAGCAAGUUAAUUCAGACGCAGCCUGCUCCAAGAUGGAACAGCCUGGCCUUGGGAAUUGAUGGCAAGGGCUCUGUUGACUUCUAGAUCAGAAAGUGGGCAGGAAAGGGUGUCAACAGCCUUCUUUUUAUUUUGUAGCAUGAUGAAUAGUAAAUGGAGAACGUUGGAGGAACGCGAGGUUUUCAUUAGAGCAACCCGCUGUUUUCCUGAUGUGUUCCCUGGGGUUUAAGCUCUGCUGCCUUUGGUUUUCCACCUGUUGUUGCUUGUUAUUUUGACGGCGGCGUUAGUUUUGGUUUGGUUUUCUCAUUUCUGACAAGGCGUUUUAGCUGUUGCAUAGCAUGGGCUGUGCUGGCUGCAGUAUGAUGGGAGCUAGAGUCCAAAAAUGUCUCUUUUCUGCAUCCUCUGAUAAACUAGUACAACUCUAUACCCGUCAGCAUGGCCCCAUUUAUACUUGCCAUGUAAUGCAGUUUGAAUUGCAUUAUAAUGGUCAUUGUAGACUCAUAUGCUGCAGAUAGAACUACAUCGAACUGGAUUAUAUGAGUCUAAACUGCCAAUGUAGUUAAUCUGCAUUCUAAAACUGCAUUAUAUGGCAGUGUAGAUGGGGCUUGGUGGCAUAGUGGGUUAAACCGCUAAGCUGCCAAACUUGGUUCGAAUUCGGGGAGUGGAGUGAGCUCCCUCUAUUAGCCCCAGCUUCUGCCAACCUAGCAAUCCAAAAACAUGCAAAUGUGAGUAGAUGAAUAGGUACCGCUUCUGCAGGACGGUAACGACACUCCAUGCAGUCAUGCUGGCCACGUGACACAGAAAGGACCACAUUUCCUCCCUCAUCUAAUGAGAUAGGAAGAGAAAAGGGAAAGUCGCAUCCGGGUCUUUAAAAUACUUGAUCACACCUCUGCCCUCUAGAAAACAUGUUAUUUAUCUGAAGAGAGGAUUCCAAAAGCAUUUCUUGCCCACUUUAAUUAGCUGUCCUGCCAGUGAGAGAGAGGACAAAAACUGAACGCCUUGGGGAGGCAUAUAAUUAGGUUAAAACGAAUCCAUACACAGACAAAUGGCAAACAAUUGCAUGCUAAAUCCGGACGCAAGACUCCUCUGGGAUGGGAAGAUACAUUUCAUAUUAAUAGGCUUAUGGCAGUGCCAGAUUUUAUUCCUCUUCUUAGUUGAGGUUUGCAUUUCAAUGGCCUGAAUAGCCUAGAGACGGCCGUAAAUUAUUCAAAUCUUCCUGGAAAUCAGCAUCUGCGGAUUAGCAUAACCCGAAAGCUACUACAGCUGUACCUGGCUUUGGCCUAUUUCUGUCGAAUGCCUUGAUUUUAAAUGCAUCCUCUUGUGAGCUAGAAACAAAGAGUUCAGUACAUCUUGGCAACUGUGAUUCAAUCGGCUUGUCAGUUUGCAACCCAGAGAGUUCCCUUUAUUUUAAAAAAAUUGCCUUUGCAUCGGGGGACUUGCAGUAGCAAGAAAAAACGACAAGCCCAUAGGGACACAGACAAAAAAAGGCAUCCAUGUCCCAUCUCCUGAGCCAGUUCUAGAUUGAAAGUUAAGAGGGAAUUUUGUAGUUGCAAUCUGAUACCUUUGGUCAGAUCCUAAACUCUGGAUCAUCUGUGAACAAGAGGUUCAGGGCAUGCUGCGUGUUGGGAAAAAUAGUUUCUUAAAAGGCUUUCAUGGCCAGAAUCACUGGGUUGCUGUGAGUUGCUGGCCAUGUUUCAAAAGCAUUCUCUCCUGACGUUUCACCCACAUCUGUGGCAGGCAUCCUCAGAGGUUGGGAGGUCUGUUGGAAACUAGGCAAGUGGGGUUUAUAAAUACGUUGAAUGUUCAGGGUGGGAGAAAGAACUCUUGCCUGUUGGAGGCAAGUGUGAAUGUUACCAUUGGCCACCUUGAUUAGCAUUGAAUAGCCUUGCAGCUUCAAAGCCUGUCUGUUUCCUUCCAAUCCUUUGUUGGGAGGUUUCAGCUGGCCCUGAUUGUUUCCUGUCUGGAAUUCCUGUUUUCUGAGUGUUGCACUUUAUUUACUGUCCUGAUUCUAGAGUUUUAAAAUAGCCAGAUUUGGUUCCUUUUCAUGGUUUCCUCCUUUCCGUUAAUUGUCCACAUGCUUGUGGAUUUCAAUGGCUUCUCUGUGUAGUCUGACAUGGUGGUUGUCAGAGUGGUCCAGUAUUUCCGCCAGGCAGGAAGCACCCAGGUUUUGAAGCUGCAAUGCUAUUCAGUGCUAAUCAAGCUGGCCAAUGGCAACAUUGUCCAACAGACAGUUCUUUCUCCCACCCCGGAUAUCAUUCCACAGAUAUAUAUAUAUAUAUAAACCCCGCUUGCCUAGUUUCCAGCAAUCCUCACAACCACUGAGGAUGCCUGCCAUAGAUGUGGGCGAAACAUCAGGAGAGAAUGCUUUCUUAAAACAAUCGCAGACAGAUGCGGGAAUAGGAUGGGCACCUUUCAACUCAUCCGAACAAGGCUUUGGUUUGGUUUAGCUUGUCGUAGCCAAAUUGCUCUGAAGAUUGGGAUGAUUUUAUUGACCUGGUACCAGUUUGUGCCGUUGAACACUGACAAUAACAUGGGGAAUUUAGAAAAGGAAGGAACAAGAUUGGAAGAGGGUCAAACGAAUUGCUGCUUCUCUUUUCCUCACUCUCCUCUUACUAGCCAGUUUUUCAGAUAGUGGCUGGAGGCAGGGAUAUCCAGCAAUGCAAACAUUAUGGAUAGCUGACAUAACAUAGCUUUGCAAACUGUGUGUUGCGACACGUUGGUGUGUCGGCUGCGGUGUGUAGGUGUGUCACGUGAACGUAACAAGAAAUGACAACUAUCUUGGAAAUGUAUGUUAUUAUCUAACAAAUCAUAUAUUUUUUAAAAUAUCAAUGAAAGGCUUUCAUGAGAUAUAUUGUAUCCCCAUAUAACACAGUUUAUGUAUGUGUCCAUAUCUCUUAUAAGGGACUAGCUGUGCCCGGCCACGCGUUGCUGUGGCGAAGUCUGGUGGUAUGGGAAAUAAAGUAUUGAGGAAUUGGUGGUACUUAAGGUAAAGGGUAAAGGUUUUCCCCUGACAUUAAGUCCAUUAUAAAUGGGUAAUAUAGCUGUGUGGAAGGGCCUUGAGUCUACACUGCCAUAUAAUCCAGUUAAAAUCUGCUAAUCUGUAUUUUAUAGGCAGUGUGGAAGAGGCCUAAGUGAGGCCUAACUCUGCCUGUCCCCUGGGCUGAGUGGGUUGCUUGGAGACCAAGUGGGCGGAGCUUAGCCUUCUAACUGGCAGCAAUUGGAUAAAAACAAUUAUUCCUCUCCCUCUAAUUAGGACUUUAUAUUUCUUUUCUUUUUGUUGUAUGAAUGUAGAGGCAUGGAUGAGGGGUUGUGCUGCCAAGUUUAGUGUUUCUGGGAUGUGUAGUUUUGUUGUUUUGUCCUAGGCCGAAAUUUCAUUACCCUUUUAUAUAUAUAUAGAUUGGUUUAACCUCUUGUUUGCCGGUAAAACUGAAUUACUGUGUCACAAAAUGACGCAUGUCUAAAAAGGGUAAAAUGUUUGGAAAGCUCUGACAUCGAGACUUAAGCAAGCAGUCCAAUUCGAGCACAACCAAUUCUCUUUCCAAUUUCUGACGGCACGCAAUGGAUUGGAUUGGGCCGAACCCUGUUUGUUUGAAUCCCUGUACUUCCAAGUCUAUUGUGUCAUGAAAUAGGUCUCAAAAUAUUCUUGGAUUUUGGGUUUGAUCGAUGAAAUGAUGUUGCUUCUCGGGUAAAGCAGAACACAAUGUGCCCAAAGUGUCACGUCUGUUGCCCCUAUUUAUUCUGCGAAGGAUCUUUUCUUGUGAUCGAAGGCAGAAUGAGAACAUUACAGAAGAUCCAUCGCAGGUAACCGUGUUUUGUCAUCACAUUCUUGUCUCCUUGUGCUUUUCCUUUGCAGUCCAAUUUUAACAUUAAGCUGUGAAUGCUUGUGCCGAAGUCUCGUGUUCGGAACAGCAGUCAUUCUGCAUUAUAGAUCCAAGUUCCCUGCUGCCGGCUACGAAGACUUGUCAUUUCAUUUCAUCUCUGGCAAACUGCAGUUUUCUACCUUGCAUUAGUGGUAUGGGUUUUUUAAAAAAGAGAUGUCGAGAUUUCUGGCGUGACAAUGAUUUUAUAUUUGCGACGAGCAAAAGGAGAAGAGGGGUUUGUUUUGGUUGACGUUUAUUUUUUUAACUUAAAGCCUUAACAUGUGACUUCUUUGUCGGAAUUAGCAACGGAGAGAGACGAUGUCGGGCCACACCACCUGCUACAUUUCUGCUCAGGUUUAAUACCAGCAUGAACCCCUUGCAGGCGUAAAAAAACUGUCGGCGAAGACAAAGAGAAGGGCUUUUGCGGUGCGAAGGGAGGGAAAUCAGAGUAUAUUUUUUACAGGAAGGGCUGACAAAGGAUCAGCACGAUUUCCAGAGGUUUCAAAGAGAUUCCCAAGGCCUUUAUUAUUUUGUAUAUAUAUAUAUAAAAAAUAAAUUAAGUAAUCUUUCUUUCAGUAGAUAACCUCAAGUGUAAAACAAUAUAAAAACUAUGCAGAUGUAUGCUUUAAUGUCGAAAACUCAAUAUGCAGCAAAGUUGGCUUGCUGAGAAAGCAAACCCAAUGUCAUGUAUAUAUUUGCCCAGGUUUAAUGUAUUCUUGGGUCUGUAUGGGAGCCUCUCUACGUGAGGACCACAUGCCUUUAGGGUGAACCUAAGGGUGGCUGCUACAGUAUUUGGAUGGGUCAACAUCUGAGCCUAAAGAUCGAGACCGAACGGGCUGAAAGAUCAGAGGCAACGUUGCUAUCAAGUGCACGGUUCGAGGACCUUGUCGUGAAGGUAUCUUUAACAGUCUGUAGUUCACCUGUUCCACUACCUUGAAUUUUUGGAAUGUAUUUGUGCAGGCUUUGUGGAGCUCCAUCUGUAAUUCUCAUUUCUGUGGCUCUCAAUACAUAUGUAUAUAUUUUUCA